AUGACUGUUUCUGUGGGCGACAUGCGGCCGUCCGAAGUCUCGCCCAACGUGGCGGUUAUUCAAGGGAUUAAUCCUAAUUAUACCGGCUUUGACCAUAUCAGCUGGUAUGUUGGCAAUGCACGUCAAGCGGCUACCUACUUCGUCGUCCACUUCGGCUUCAAAGUUGUUGCCUACCGUGGGCCGGAAACCGGAUCGUAUCUGACGUCCUCCUACGUUGUCUCUAACGGCAACGCCCGAUUCCUCUUGACUGCCCCGAUAACUGGACCUGACAAUACAUUGGAAAAACGGGCUUCAGACGAGGAUCGCAAGCUGUUGAAUGAGAUUCACGCCCACCUGAGAGAUCAUGGCGACGGAGUCAAAGACAUUGCCUUUCAAGUCGACGAUGUGAAUGGCGUGUGGGAACAUGCUGUCAAUAAUGGCGCGGUUUCCAUUCUGAAACCAAGGCUCCUGCAAGAAGGAAAUCUUGGAAGUGUGCUCUGCGCGACGAUCAAAGCCUACGGUGAAACGGCUCACUCACUGAUCAAUCGUUCAGACUACAAGGGAGCUUUUCUUCCCGGGUUCCGUCCAGCAACAGACUUGGAACGUUUGAAUGAACACCUACCGAAAGUGAAUCUGAUUGAAAUCGACCAUUGUGUGGGAAACCAACCUUGGAAUGGGCUUGAUAGCACGGUUCAAUACUAUGAAGAUGCCUUGAACUUCCACCGGUAUUGGUCCGUUGAUGACAAAGACAUGUGUUCGGACUACUCUGCAAUGCGCUCCGUUGUGGUUGCUUCCCCCAACGAAGUUAUCAAAAUGCCCAUGAACGAGCCAGCAGCUGGGCUGAAAAAGUCCCAGAUAGAGGAGUUCGUGGACUACUACAACGGGGCAGGCUGUCAGCAUAUUGCGUUCCGAACGGACAACAUUAUCGAAGCGGUCGAAAGCCUCUCGCAGCGCGGUAUGAAUUUCCUUUCGGUGCCCCAAAGCUAUUACAUUGGCAUUCGCGAACGGCUGGCAACCAAGAAUGUCAAGAUUGCAGAGGAUCUAAAGCUUCUGGAAAAGUACAAUAUCCUAGUUGAUUUUGAUGAAGGUGGUUAUCUGUUACAGAUAUUCACAAAACAUGUGACUGAUCGUCCGACGAUCUUUAUGGAGAUUAUCCAAAGACAAAACUUUGACGGAUUCGGGGCUGGAAACUUUAGGAGUCUGUUUGAGGCUUUUGAGAGAGAACAAGCAUUGCGCGGUAACUUGUAG